AUGCUUUUUAAACGUAUCAUCAUUCAACAGCAUCGUUCCGUGAUCGUUCUUCGAACGUUCAUUUUUAAUUCAAAUUUCAAAUAUCGAAUUUCGAAAAUGGAUUUCUCUAAAAUUUUCUUCUUCGUAUUUGCCUGCAUCGUAGCGCUGUCAACGGUUUCGGGUGCACCCAGCCCUAAAUGGAAGUUUUUCAAAAAGAUUGAGCGCGUUGGUCAGAAUAUAAGAGAUGGAAUCAUAAAAGCUGGUCCAGCAGUACAAGUAGUAGGACAAGCAGCCACGAUAUAUAAAGGAAAAUAGAUUUUAUUUCUUAGAUUUUAAGACUUAAAUUAUCACUUAUUAGUUAUAAGUCAGAGACUGCCAUUACUUAAAUUAAAUUUAUCAAAAUAAAUAAUUAUUUUACAUAA